UGUGCUGUAUUUACAGGGGUGGGGGCUUCUUGGGAGCAUGCUUCCCGAAGUGUGGCUGGGUAGUAUCACCACGGCGUUGGGGGAGCCCUGCUUAGAACGUAGGGGAGCCCAAAUCAGAGGAGGACUGUGAUGUUUGUGAUCUUUAAGGGACUGGGACGGGGCGGGACAGGCCCUAGUGGAUUUUAGGGGCGUAUUUUGGGAGGACUGUGAUUCCGAUUGGUGAGAAGGGGUUUCUGUUUCUUGUAUUUGACGUGUGUGGGGUUGGGGGUUUACACUGAGCUCAGCCUUUAUUGAACUUCUUAACGACUUUGGAGGGAACGUCAUGGUUACUGGGGUGCUUUGGACCACGGAGGUGCUGCUCUGGAUUCCAUUACCCUCUCAGAUUUUUCACCAGGCAGUAACAGUUCUUUCCUUCCAUAGGGGAGGGAGGAAAGCUGCGUUGGAAGUCACUGAAGUUGUCUGAGCUUUAGGCUCCACAUUCGGAAGAGGAAGAGGGAUUAGGCUUGGAUUUGAGGAGCCGUGCCCCUGGACCAGCUUGUUAAAACUUGGGAGGAAGGAGUGUUUGGGGGAACACCUCUUCCCCCCGGGAAAGCUUUCUGGGGGCAUCUUGAUCUUAGGAUUGUGAGGACUUCUUCUCAUUUGGAGACCUCUUGGGCUCAGCAAGAUGCCUGGGCUGGAGUAACUAGGGUCUCCAAUGGGCUGCUUUUCAACCUCAUCCACUCCUACUUUUCCAGAGAAGCAGGAGUUCACUCGUGGGCUGACCUUGGUUGGCAGUGGAUGUGAAGGGUCCAGGAACCAACGCAGACCAUGACAUGCUCCUCUGUCGCUGGCCACGAAGCUGUUUGUGUCUCCCGGUUACCAGAUCAGUCACACAUCAUGUUUACACUCCCCACCAAGGCAGUAACAGUUGGCCUUGCAGUGAGGCCGGGAGCUGUUUUCCCAGCUGUUCCUCUUUGCAUGGGCCAAGGGGACUUGGAGGGGGGUGCCCCUGGCCCAGCCUGGCCCAAGGAGGAAGGCUGCUCUGAAGGGCUUCGGACAGUCGAUCCCCCGUUGAUCUGGUGUCUUAUUGUGGUCUGUGGACUGGUGCUGGGAGUAGCCAGCCCCAGAGGUCUGUGGCCAGUGUCCCUGCUCCCUAGGCCAGAUCAUGACCUUGGCUUGCCCUGUAGCCUUUGCUCUGGGUCUGGAGUUCCCGGAGGACUGGCUGCAGUCCCUGAUUGACCCAGCAGACCUGGGCUGGUGAUGUGGUCGGAGGGGGCAGACGUUUGUCCCUAGUCCGCAGCAGUGACUUCCAAGCUGACUGGCUUCCGUGCCCUGUGGUUCCUGGAGAGAAAGGUCCCACAGUCUGUGAGGCAGCGGGGGCUCUGUUAUUAUUUUUCUCCACUAGGGUUUUGUUCCUCUGGUCCUCUCCUGCCAGCUUUUAGAGGCUUUGCCUGAUAGGGCUAACAGCGGCAGUGAAAACAGUAAUCACGAAAUUGAUGGCUGAUAGUAACUGAGUGCAUUCUGUGGGCCACACAUUGUUUGGAAUGCUUCUUAGAGAUAAACUUGCUGAAUACUUGAAUUCUAGAGCGGUAGGCGCUGUUGUUAUGCUUUCCCUUUUAGAUGAGAAAACAGCAGCUCAGAGAGGCAAAUUAUUUCCAGAGCUAGUGGAUGCCCAGUGUUUAUAGCAUUCACCCCAUGCCAGGCGUGUGACAGGGCUUUUGCACAUGUGACCUCACUUAAGUCUCAAAACGUACCUGUGGUUAGGCCUAUUUGGUGGAGAGCUACAAGCUAGCUAGAAGUGUGAUACCAUUUUACAGAUGAGGAAUCAUUUCACUCACUGUGAAGUGUAAAGAUUUCCCUGAGGUCUCAUAGCUGAAGUGGUAGAGGUGUGAUGUGAGCCCUUGGCCCACCUUGGCCUCAGAUCCUCUUGUCAAGGAGAAACUGGAGCAGUGGCUUUUGUCUGUGAGCAUAUACUCUGCCCAGCCCUGUGCUUCGGGUUUUAUAUGGUAUUUGUGUCUUUUUUUGCAGCCUGAAAUUGAAGUUCAGAGGAAGAAUUGCCUUCCCCCAGGUCUUAUCAGACCAUAUGGGCGCCAGGGUGGGAUUUGAACCCAGGUCACUGAGCCCCUAGUGCCAUGCAUUCGUUGCUCACCAGGUUCCAGGCUGGGUGAAAGGAAGAAAAGACAUAGGAUAGAGUCACUUCUGUCCUCUGUCCUCCACCUAUAGAGGUGAUUAUCCUAUGUCUUUCCUUCCUGUCACCCCUGAGUCUCAGGCUGCCCUGAGCACCUCUGCCUGCAGCCAGUCCAGCAGUUCUUGGUCCCUCCUCAGGGUGGAGCCAGGGCAUCCUUUAACCCUGGGCAGGUGUGUGCUGGGAGAAGACGACAGCAAGAGAGCCAUGCGGGAGGUGACACAGCUAUCAGGGACCUGCGUUGGGUAGCGGCAGGAUGGAGAAGUGGGUUCUAGCUCUGUGGCCUCAGACCACACUGUUCACUCUCAUACAUUGGUCUCAGAAGGACACCCACCUUGGGCUGUUGUGAGGAUUAAAUGAAUUAAUCCACGAGAAGCUCCUAGAAUGGUGCCUGGCACUGUAUAAGUCUUGGUUGGCAGUCAUGAUUAUGUUAUGGAACUGAGGCAUCCAGCCUCCCCCACCCCCUACUUUUGGUCCCCUUGAGCAUUCCAGGAUCCAGCUCCCCAGCCUGUCCCAGCUAGGAUCCAGAACUUCGAUGUUCUGGUUUCCAGCCUCUGUAAAGAGCUGCAUGGAAGCGAGUGAGAGCACAGGGUUCAAAUCCAGCCCUGCCACUCCAUGGUUGUGUGAUCUUGAGCAGGCUCCCCAACCCUUCUGAGCUCAUUUCAUCAUCGGUGUCAUGGGGAGGAUGAUAAUUCCCACGUGAUAGGAUUAUUGUGAAGGUUGAGUGGAUUAAUUUGUGGGAAACAUUCAUAACUAUGCUGGCAUACAGUAAGUCUACCUGAAACGUCCCCUACUGAGAAGAGUGCCUGACACAUGGUGAGCCAUUGGUAUAUCUUAGCAAUUGUAAUUCUUAGUAUUUCUGCCAGGACUUUGAAGGCCCUUGCCAGUUCACAGAACCGUGUCAGAGAGCACUAGGAGGAAAUCAGGGCUGAAAUUAGCAUCUCAGUUUUCCAGAUGCAGAAACAGAGGUCGGAGGAGACAUGCAAUCAAGACAGAACUGACAAGGGCAGCUCCCGGGCCCACUCCGCUUCUACACAGUGGCUUUGCAGCCCUGAGCCCCUGCAAGGUAGACACAUUCGAGUCUUUUCAGAGGUCAGGCUCUGCUUUUUUUCUUUUUUCUUUUGAGACAGGGCCUCACUCUGUCACCCAGGCUGGCGUGCAGUGGUGUGAUCACAGCUCACUGCAGGCUUGACUUCCUAGGCUUAAGUGAUCCUUCCACCUCGUACUCUUGAGUAGCUGGGACUACAGGUGCAUGCCACCAUGCCCAGUUAAUUUUUAAAUUUUUUUGUGGAAACGUGGGUCUUGCUGUGUUGCCUAGGCUAGUCUUGAACUCCUGGGCUCAAGUGAUCCUCCUGCCUCAGUCUCCUGAGUAGCUGGGACUAUAGGUGCAUGCCACUGCCCCUGGCCACCACAGCUCGCAGUUCCAGGAGUGGCAGGAAGGCUGGGCUUGGGCAGGAGAGCAGCAGAAGUACCUGCAGGGGUUGGCAGGGGCUAUGCUGCACUGGCCUGUGGGCCUGGGUGAGAGGCGAGGAUGGAUCCUAAGGGUAUUGUGGAGCCGAGGAAAAGGUUUCACUCACCCACCACCAUUUACUGAGCGCCUCCUGUGUGCCAGCGUUGCAUCAGUACUGGAAAUACAGCGGUGUGCUUGUCAAAGUCCCUAUUCUUGUGGGGCUGAGGGAGGCCAACCCGAAACAGGUGAAUAAGCAAGGAGCCGGUUAGAAGGGGAGGUGCUAGGCAGCGAAUUCAAAUCGGGUGACAGACUGGGCACUUCUUUAGAUGCAUGCGGCUGCGCGGAGGGCCUCUAAGCUGAUCCCAGUUUGGCAAGGUGAGGCAGUCAUGUGGGUUGGGAGGAGAAGGAACAGCCAUCCAGGUGGAGGGAACCAUAGUGCAAAGGUCUGAAGGGAGGACAGAGCUUGGUGAGGUGCAGGGACAAGCCUCACGGAGGCCUGUGUGGCUUGGCAGAGCGAGGGAGCAGGGAGGAGAUGAGUCCAGGGGCUGUGGGGCAGGCAGGGCCCUGUCACUGGGAGCCUUGUGGACUGUCUGUGAAGGAGUUUGGAAUUUCAGCAGGAACAGCCUGGUCAGAUUUAGGGUGUUAGUAGGUAACACAGGAGAGGGUCACAGGCUCCUGCCUGGGGGGGUGGGUAGAUUUAACUGAGCGGAGCAGGGCGUUUCACAGGCCUCCCACUUCCCCUCGGGUAGCAUCACUGCCUUACAGCCAGCAAAGGCCCGAGGGUUGCCUCCCUCUCCUGUGGUUUUCACACCGUGUUCCCCAGAGCCCGUGGCUGUUACUUUUAGGGAAAGAGGAGGGGAGGCUCGUUGGGCUGAUUUCUCUGCCCUUCCCUCCCCAACCCAACCAGCCGGACUAAUACUGAAUAGCAAUGCAGAGCAGCAGUCACACCUGAUACAGACAGCACCCGCUGACCCUACGUCCACGCUACCGUGGGCCUGCAGGCCUGCGCCAUUCCCGGUGCUCCUCUGGAAUUGGAAAGAGCAGGUCUUGUGACUGGCGCCCAGCACCCAGGUCUCUGGUGGGCCUCAGGUGUGGUUGAUAUUACGAAGACAAAAUAAAUGAGGGCCAGGUUGAGAGUGUGGGCAUGUUUCUCCACUGUAGCUGGGUGAUCAGGGAGGACCUCCCUGAGGAGGUGACGUGUGGGCAGGGACUGGAGUGCUGUGAGAGAGCCAUGGGAGUAUCUGGGGGAAGACAUGUUAGACCCGGGAGGAAGCUUCUCUGAUUCCCGCCUUACAGCGGUGAGAACUGAAGCCUGGAGAGCCUCUGCAGCUUGUGCUGGAUCCCCCAGCCAGGAAGUGUUGGGGACAGGCUAUGAAUCUGGGUCUCCAGAGAUUCCCGCAGCACAGCUCAGUAGCCCCUGCAGGGCCCGGGUGCUCUGAGUUUGCCGAGUAAGGGACGGCAAGCCAGGCCGGCCAAGAGGAGACUGCAUGUCAGAGGUCCCCGCAGGAGUUUCUUCAGCCCAGCCGUCCUGCCGGAGAAGCUCGUUCGCAGAUGUUGUUUCUAAGGACUGUGCCCUGUCCACGGCUCCUCCUGCAUGUCUUGCUGCCUUGAGCUGUCCCGAGCUAGGUGACAGCGUGCCACGCUGCCACCAUGAACGAGGUGUCUGUCAUCAAAGAAGGCUGGCUCCACAAGCGCGGUGAAUACAUCAAGACCUGGAGGCCACGGUACUUCCUGCUGAAGAGCGACGGCUCCUUCAUUGGGUACAAGGAGAGGCCCGAGGCCCCUGAUCAGACCCUUCCCCCCUUAAACAACUUCUCUGUAGCAGAAUGCCAGCUGAUGAAGACCGAGAGGCCGCGGCCCAACACCUUCGUCAUACGCUGCCUGCAGUGGACCACAGUCAUCGAGAGGACCUUCCAUGUGGAUUCUCCAGACGAGAGGGAGGAAUGGAUGCGGGCCAUCCAGAUGGUUGCCAACAGCCUCAAGCAGCGGGCCCCAGGUGAGGACCCCAUGGACUACAAGUGUGGCUCCCCCAGUGACUCCUCCGCGGCCGAGGAGAUGGAAGUGGCGGUCAGCAAGGCACGGGCUAAAGUGACCAUGAAUGAUUUCGACUAUCUCAAACUCCUUGGCAAGGGAACCUUUGGCAAAGUCAUCCUGGUGCGGGAGAAGGCCACUGGCCGCUAUUACGCCAUGAAGAUCCUGCGGAAGGAAGUCAUCAUUGCCAAGGAUGAAGUCGCUCACACAGUCACCGAGAGCCGGGUCCUCCAGAACACCAGGCACCCGUUCCUCACUGCGCUGAAGUACGCCUUCCAGACCCACGACCGCCUGUGCUUCGUGAUGGAGUACGCCAACGGUGGCGAGCUGUUCUUCCACCUGUCCCGGGAGCGUGUCUUCACAGAGGAGCGGGCCCGGUUUUAUGGUGCAGAGAUCGUCUCGGCUCUUGAGUACUUGCACUCGCGGGACGUGGUGUACCGCGACAUCAAGCUGGAAAACCUCAUGCUGGACAAAGACGGCCACAUCAAGAUCACUGACUUUGGCCUCUGCAAAGAAGGCAUCAGUGACGGGGCUACCAUGAAAACCUUCUGUGGGACCCCGGAGUACCUGGCGCCUGAGGUGCUGGAGGACAAUGACUAUGGCCGGGCCGUGGACUGGUGGGGGCUGGGUGUGGUCAUGUACGAGAUGAUGUGCGGCCGCCUGCCUUUCUACAACCAGGACCACGAGCGCCUCUUCGAGCUCAUCCUCAUGGAAGAGAUCCGCUUCCCGCGCACGCUCAGCCCCGAGGCCAAGUCCCUGCUUGCCGGGCUGCUUAAGAAGGACCCCAAGCAGAGGCUUGGUGGGGGGCCCAGCGAUGCCAAGGAGGUCAUGGAGCACAGGUUCUUCCUCAGCAUCAACUGGCAGGACGUGGUCCAGAAGAAGCUCCUGCCACCCUUCAAACCUCAGGUCACGUCCGAGGUCGACACAAGGUACUUUGAUGAUGAAUUCACCGCCCAGUCCAUCACAAUCACACCCCCCGACCGCUAUGACAGCCUGGGCUUACUGGAGCUGGACCAGCGGACCCACUUCCCCCAGUUCUCCUACUCGGCCAGCAUCCGCGAGUGAGCAGUCCGCCCACGCAGAGGACGCACGCACGCAUGCACGCAGCCAUCACCACCGGGUGGUUUUUUCCAACUUUUUACUUUGCCUUUUUGGUUUGUGUCCCCACCCCCACCCCCACCCCCACCUCCUCACCCUCUUUCCAGUUCUUCUUCAGGCCCCUCCCAGACGCACCCCAGCGGCCCCUGCAGCCCCUGCCUCCAGCCUCACCUUUGCGCCCAGACUCGCUUUUGGGAUACUCCACCUCUCGCCCAGGCCCGGGCUGUUGGAGAGAUUCAGGUUUUAAUCUACACAAGCCCCAGUGAGGGGUGAAGCCUGACGCCCGGGGCCUGCCUGAGUUUCUGGCCCGGGUGUCGUGCUGGUGGCUGCCUCCGCGCUGCUGCUUCCGGACGAAGUCUGCCUUCUGGUGGGACGCAGACAGUGGUGCUGCCUUCCAGGCCCCGUGGCCUAGGCUCGGAGUGGCCAGGCACGGGGUGGUCCAACCCCCCACCUGCUGUCCCCCAGUGGGGGCAGAAAAGCAAUAAUGUCCAGGGGCAGGCAGGGGCCCUUGGGAGCUGCAGGGUUGGGGGUUAGGGCUGCUCCCUGGUGAAUGGAGCCAGGUCCCAGGAUCUGCGCCAUGGGGAACCGGGAGGGGCCGGGCUGGGCGCCGCCUCCUGGUCCUGUCUCCUCUCCACCAAGCUGCCCUCACCCUAUGGAUUGAGGCAGGAGGAACAUUUGGGGGCAAACCUGCCUGCCUCCCAGCCCCGUGCCUUACUAGGGCUUCCUUCCAGCUGGCCUUACCUCCUGCUGGACCCCAGGCCUGGCCUAACCCCAUUGGGGGCUGUGGGCUGGGCUCACCCCCUUCUCGGCGGGGGUGGAGGGGCACCCGCCUCGGCUGUUACAAUCUUACACCGGACAGUAUUGGGCCCCAUGGAAUUGGUCAGGGAGGGGUGGGGGUGGGCAUCUCCGGUAGCUAUUGGGGUGGGGGGCCUCUGAGAAGGGAGACUCCUAGGCCCCCUCAUCCCUCCCUCUCCCCAGGGCCCCAUGUUCUGCAGCCUUAAGGUUGAACGUGAACGCACGUCCAUGUCAGUGCUGUGGGACUCCUGUGUGUGCCUCAGACUGCGUGUGUCGGCGGGAUGCAGGCACACGUGGGUGUGUGUGCGUGUGUGUUGUGUGUGAGGGCAGCGUGUCCUCCAGUGUGUGUGGUGUGUGGGCUUGGGCCCCAUCCCUGGCCCGAGCAUUUCAUCCUGUGGGGGAGGGGUGCUGACCUAGUGGGAGGAGCCCCGCCUUGAUCCAUGAGCUGCCCUGCCCACGCCUCCCCUCCCUGCAGCAACACCUCUGGGUGUUUGGAGUUCAGCUUUUGUGGGUUUGCUCUCCCUACCCCAUCUCCUGUACGAUGCAGUUCAUGGCAGGGUGGGGAGGGUGGGGUUGGUUCGGGUGGGUGAGGGUCUUUUUCCUCUGUGUGCGAUGUCGUUAUCUGACAGUUCUCCUCCGUCCCUACUGGCCUUUCUCCUCGUCUUCAUAUUUGUACGGUACAAGCAAUAAAGACACUCAUUUCAGACCAGGGCCCAGCCUGCACUCACGCCGGCCCAGCCACUCUGGGCCUUGCCUUGGUGAUGGAGUCGGACCCCUGGGCCCCAGCUCCUCCUGUAGUAGUCGCUCCCUUCAGCAAGCAGGGCGCUGAGCAGGGGUGUGGAGGUGAGAAAGGAGCUCAGGGCGAGGGCAGCUGGGGUGUGUGCAGGAGCUCAGGCUGGAGAGGGUGGGUGCAGCUGGUGCUGUGGGGCUGAGGGGUGUGGGGAGGCUCCGUGCUUGUGGGGGUGUGGUGGACAGAGACCACUCCAGGCCCUCAGUGCUGCUUAAGCUAAGAGAGGUGGGGUGGAGGGACAGGGCUGGAAGAUCUGGGUAGUCCAGAAUGAGGAGGGUGCCUGUGCUGUCACUGAGUGAGAGGGAGUGGUUCAUUCCGCAGGGCUGCCGAGCCUUAGAGGGGGGCAUUCCUGUCCUGCCCCACCUCCCCAUUUAUGCUGCCACCCGGAAGCCUCGAGGCCCCCAAAUUCCAGUACAGACCCAGUGGUGUGUUCAUGGUGGCGUGGCUGCUAUCUCCUGGGAGCUCCUGAGCGUUUGGUUGGAACCCCGUUCAGCUUGGGGUCAGCCCUCCGCUAGGCGCUGCCCUUUAGCCUGGCUGUGUCUGGGCCCCUGCACUUCCCAUGCUUGAGUCACGUGGCCACAUGGCCGGGCACUGGCCGGAUGGCACGCCUCCCCCAGCCAGGGACCAGGGACCAGAGCUUUGGCCUGCCCUGCUGAGCCCUGCUGUGCAGAGGGCCUGGCACAGAUGAAUUUGAGAUUUUGCCACAAGGUGUUAGCACUUCACACCCGUUGAGUCUUUGAGAUUUUAAGUGAAUAUAAGCAGAAAAAGAUCCAAUUUACAGAAAUCAGAGUUAGCUACAGCUAAGACUCGUGUUCGGUUGGGGUUUUUUAGUUUGUCUUUUAAGUCAUGUGUACCUUAAUUUAAUGACAAAAGUCUACCCUGGUGGUCCUAAGCAGGCAGGCCUAUAAAGAAAGGCCUUUUACUCUUCCUUCUCGUCCCAGCCCCGAAUUGACCCACGUUGCUGCUGCUCACCACGGUGACGCAAGUCUCGUAGUGUGGGCACAGGCCUGGCUACCUCAUCUUGUUAGUGGCUCUCUCCUCUUCCACAGGAUGGGGGCCCACAGCUGCAGCAACCGGCCCCAUAGUUGAGCACAUGUGGUUAUCCUGUAGAGCUUUUCCCAAGGAGGGUGUUUGAACUUAGAGUCUUAAUAAAAUCUUACCAA